AAACAUUUACACGAGAUGGGAGGGGGCUUGAUUUUAGGAAGAGGAGGUGAGUAUAAGAGCGGGAAAGAGAGAGAGAGAAACUUACCUUCACACGUACCACCUCAACACAGUCACCACCUCAGCCACCGGCAGCAGUGUCCAGUGAUGGAGUCAGCCAUUGGUGUACUCGUGUCCCAGUUCAAGGCGUUUGCUGGAAGUGAUGGAUCCUCAGACACACUGAGCAGAGAUGAGUUCCAGAGCCUGGUCAAAACACAACUCCCCAACUUCGUUAAGAACGCUGAUGACCCAGCUGUCAUCGACCGACUUAUGGACUCAAUUGACGAGAACAACGACGGAGAGCUCACCUUCCUGGAGUUCUGGCAGCUGAUUGGACGACUAGCAAAUCAACACGGCGGCUUUAUCCAAUAGGAUGUCUCCAUGUCUUGUUCUGUUACUACCAUAUGAUUACAAUGAUAACUUAUUCUAGUGGUAUGAUUAUCCCCAGGUUGCGUUUCUAAAUGCUCAAGUGUUUGCUAAAGCUAUGGAGGAUUGGUCCAGCAAAAUAAAACAUGGAUGAAUCAUACAACUAUAGUAUCUAUGACUACCUGACCUUACUCUCUCUCUCUCUCUCCCUACCUCUCUUUCUUUCUUUCUCUCUCCUCUCUCUCCCUACCUCUCUUUCUUACUCUCUCUCUCUCCCUACCUCUUUCUUACUCUCUCUCCCUACCUCUUUCUUUCUCUCUCCUCUCUCUCCCUUUCUGUUGCAGCCAGAAUUCCCUACUUGUUUUGAAAGUAUAAUUAUAUCUUGCCAAACUAAUACUGCACACACACACACACACACACACACACACACACAGAGAGAGAGCAGUGAUGGCAUCGGACUGUGUCUGCAUUGUCUGUGUAAAUGUAGAACUUGGUGUGUAAGUAGAAUUUAUUCUGGCCCUGUUGUGAAUGAGACUGCUAGUGUUUUCCAGGAGGUUGUACCUCUUGCCAAAUGAACAGAAGGCUGUAGAAAUGAAAGAGAAAAACACCAUUAAGUGUAUAGGCACUAGGCAGGAGUAAAGAAUUGUGGACAUAGCCUGGAUGGCAGUCUUACUGCUUCAGCCAAUGAUGAUUGCUAUGAUGUUUGGUAUGGCAGCAGGGAAGGAGUUGGGUAAAGCAGCACAAUAUCUGGCUCCCAGGCUAGGGAGAAUCAGUAGCAGUGAGUGUGUAAAAUCAAUGGGGAAGCCAAGACAGAAAAAUAAAAGCCAUAUUACAACCUA